AUGUUGCCCGUUUUUUUGGGUUUGGAUGGGUUGCGAGCUGAAGAUGUUCUUGAAAUGGAGUUCUCUUCACCUCAGGAGGCUAGCGGCUUCUAUAACAAUUACAGCCGACUAAAGGGCUUUGCAUCAAGGCGAGGCAAGACGGUUAGAAACACUGCCGGAGAGAUAGUGCGGUACACGUUUGUUUGUAAUAGGCAAGGAUUUCGAGAGAAGAAAUGGUUGGAAAAGGUUGAUCGCAAAAGGGAGCAUAAGGCUGUAACCCGAUGCGGAUGCAUGGCGAAGAUGAGGAUAAAGAGGAAAGAGGGUAGUGGGAGGUGGUAUGUGUCGCGUUUUGUCGAGGAGCAUAACCAUGAACUUGCGUAUGGGAAGCUUGUUGAUUAUCUGCGGUCACACAGGAAGAUAUCUGAGGUAGAAGUUGCUUAG